UUCCUAACAUAACCUAUAACCUAACCUAACCCAUGUUAAAAACACAAACUGUGACAUAUAAACAAAAAUCUUCAAUUUUUCUCCUUUAAUUUCAUUUUAUUUCUUAAAAAAAAAAAAAUGAAUCGAAAAAUGAAAAGAACCUUUUUAGACAUCGAAACAAAAGCAGAGGUUUUGAAAAAAAUUAAAAUCGGUGUCGAGAAGGAUGAAAUUUUACGUAAAUAUGAAAUUGGUGAAAGUUCAUAUUAUAAAUUUAUGAGAAAAGAAACGGAAAUUAUGAAUACAUUGAAAAAACCAGAAAAUAAACAUCGUCGAUUAUUUAAAAAAUUAAAAAAUGAAUAUUUAGAUGACGCUGUUAUAAAAUGGUAUCAACAAAUAAGAGAUAGGGGAGAUUUAGUAACAGGUACAAUGAUUCGUGAAAAAGCGAAAAUUUUCAAUGAUAAACUUAAUGGACCACGAAAUUUUAAAGCAAGCAGUGGUUGGUUAACGAAAUUUAAAAAAAGAUUCAACAUUCGUUUAGCUGAAACCAAUGGAAUUGGAGGAAAUUUAUAUUGUUUACAACAAUUUUCCGAUAGUUUAAAGGAAAAAAUUAUUUCUGAUAAAUUAUCAUUGGAAAAUAUUUACAAUGCCGAUGAGGCUGGUAUUUAUUGGCGAACAAUUGUUUCGGAUAUUUUGAAAAAUAUUCCGAAUGAUAGUGAAAUUUUUCCCAAUUAUGAAGAUAAUGAUUUUAUAACGGCUUUAUUAUGCACAAAUGCCAGUGGUAAUAAUCGUAUUCCCCUUUUAAUAAUUGGAAAAUCCAAUGAAGAAAUUUGUUUGAAAAAUUUAAUACCAGACAAAGAGAAAAAUAGUUAUUUAAAAGAAAUACCAUCACUUGGCGUUAUUUAUGCAAAUAAUGAUGAAAACCUACGAAUGACUCAGAGGAUAUUCAAACACUGGUUUGAGGAAAUUUUUAUUCCACGUGCAUUAAAUUUUCAACGUUACACGGGAAUCGAUGGAAAAAUUCUCCUAAUUUUGGACAAUGCACCAUGUCAUUCUGAUAUCGAUGAAUUAAAUUCAAUUAAUGAAAAUAUCGAAAUUAUUAAUUUACCAAUAAAUUUAUCGGCAUUGAUACAACCAAUUGCACAAAAACCAAUAGAAUUUGUAAAAAAGAAUUAUAAAAAAAAUUUAUUAACAAAUUUUAUAAUUAGCGAUCAAAAAAAUGAGGAUGGAUAUAAAUAUUUAAAAAAUUUUAAUUAUCACAAUUGUUUUUCACUAUUAAACGAUGCAUGGAAUAAUUUACAAUGUUUAACAUUACAAAAUGUUUGGUCAUCAUUUUUAGGUGAUAUUAAUAAUUUACAAGUAAAUAAAAAAUUAUCAAAUGAUGAUUUAGAAAUUGACGAAUUAAUUAAAAUUGAAUCAUCAAUUGAUGAUGAUGAUGAUGUUAAAUUUUCCAAAGAAAUUUUAAAUGAUUUACAACGUAUUUUUGUGGGGCCAAAUUUUAAAAUUGAAUUAUCAGAAAUUAUUUUUCGUAAUUGGUUUGAAAAUGAUAGUUAUGAUUGUGGUUGGGAUGCAAUGUCUGAUGAUGAUAUUGUUAAUUUUGUUCAAAAUUUGAAAAAAAGAGAUAAAAAUAAUGAUAAUUUAAAUGAUAAUGAUGAUAAUUGUAAUGAAAAUAAUGAUAAUUAUAAUAAUAAUAAUAAUUACGAUAGUGAUAAUGAUGAUAAUAUUUUAGUAACUGAUAGUGAAAAUAGUACAGAUUUAAUUUUACCAAAACAACAGGAAUUAAAAAUAACCGCCUCUGAGGCUUAUGAAAAUUUACAAAUUGUUAAAACUUGGGUUCGACAAAAAACAUCGAAACUUUAUAUUAAUAAUUUUACAGUAGAACAAGUUGAGAAUAUGAUAAGUGAGACGUUGAAAAAAAAUCAAAUUUCCGUAAAAGAAUUUUAUUUACCAAUUAAAGAAGAAGAUUUAUCAGAUUAAAUUCAUCAGAUUUUUCGUCUAGUCACUAAUUUGCGAUAGGAAUAAUUCUAUUUUUUUUUAAAUCUCCUUUAUUUUUAAUGUACAUAUUUUAUUAUUAUUUUAUGUAUAAAUUUU